AUUCGAUGUGACGGGUGCUAAAAAUAAGUCAGUGGAAAAAAACGGGGCCAUAGUGGUCAUCUUCCUCAAGGUUUCAAAGGUAUAUCAAUCAGGGACAGCGAAGGCGGCGAGUUUCGAAUGGACCUCACUCAGACGCAGCAUUCGGAUGUGAAUCCGGACGCGAUGUCCAAUGCAGCGGAGAGAGAAGGUGCAUCCGCAGCCGGUGGUGUCCAAAAUCCCGCUCGAGCACCCACAUUCGACUUCAGCUCCGACAACGAGCCACCAUUGGACGACCACCAAUUGAUGGAGAAAGCUCGCAAUCAUCAAGCCAGACAGCGUCGGGUUGCAGCGCGAAAGGUCCCUGCCAGCAGGCUCUCCCAGGAAACAAAUUCAACCGACGAUUUUGUUGAUGCCCCCCAUCAAUAAAAGCAAAUGGCAGAUGCUGCCAAAACUACUAGGCUGAUUGGCAGGCCCUCUACAAGGGCACGAAGUGGGGGCACUGCCCCACAUGCAAAUGCUACCAACAAGGAUGAGGUACCCCAACCCACCCAUUAUAGAUUUCCAUUUUGGCACUAACACGACGGGCCAGCUUGAGCACGACACAAAGAAGCAUGGCCCGGCAACGAUCCGGUCCGUGAGCCAUCGUGCUAGUGCUAGGCACGGCACGGCGUUAGUGCUGUGUUUGGGCCGCCUAUUCGGCCCGUAGUACCAGCACGGGCACGGUACGUUUAAUGGGCUAGCCCACAUAAGGCACGGCUCAAACGGCUAUCAGCCGUCGGAUCCUCCUCCCCCGCUCCAUCCAACCGUUGGAUCCGACCGUUGGCGGGGGCGCGUAUAUAAGCAAGGCCGCAGCCACCCGCACCCCCCAUUCGUAACCCUAGCUCAUUUACACCGCUCCUCUCUCUCUCUUCGCUCGCUCUCCUAUCCCUCUCUGGCUCUCAGCUCUCUCCGCUGUGAGAGCGACUCUCUGCCUCCCUCCCCGAAUCCCCUCCCUUCUGCCCUUCUCCUCGCCCUCCGGUGGCCUCCGGCCUCCGCCGGCACUUGCACACGGCAUGGCCAUGUAUACUCCUAUCACCUAUUCUUGAUCUCGCAUCUCACUUCGCGUCGUCCUUCUCGUCACCUCCGUGUCGGCCUCGCCAGGUCUCGGCCCCGCGUCAAUCUCGCCGGAUCCGUAUUAGAACUCGCCGGAUCCGUAGUCGAUCUCGCUGGAUCUGUGCUUCGUCAACGUCGUCGGCGACUCCGGUGCUCCGGCUAUCAAGCCGUUGAGGAACCGGGGCGCGGGCGUGUGAGGAUGGCCGGAUCCGACGACGACGAGACGGUUAAGGGUGGGUCGAACCAAGAGAGGCGGCUUUGCGGGUUGGCCGGAGAUGAUGACGAGGACGACAUGCGCGAGGAUGCCGCGGAGCUCUUCGGCCGUGUGGCUCAACCUCCCAUCGUCCUCGAGCCCUGCGAUGACCAAGAAGUGGACGGGGACGGGGAAGAGAACAACGGUAAGCGCUCACGCUCCUCUACCUCAGCCGUGUGGCUUGAUUUCAAGAAGAUAUUCAAAAUAGUGAACGGUAAGAAGGUAAGGUAUGAAGCUAAAUGCAUCCAUUGCUCUAAGGAGUACUUUGGGUGCUCUAGUGGUGGCACUGGUCACCUCACCCGCCAUAGGGAUAGAUGCCCUAGAAGGCAUGAGAAAACUCGCAUGUCUCAGUCACAAAUCUCUUUUAAUCCUGAUGGUAGUAUUCGUAAUUGGGAGUACUGUCCUAUAGUUGCCCAUACUCAACUUGUUAGACUGCUUGCUAGGCUUGAUGUUCCUGUCUCUUUGGGUGAAUCUUAUGCAUUUGAAGAUUACAUUAGAACUGCUCAUAAUCCUAAAUUUGUUGCAGUAUCUAGACAAACCACCACUAGAGACAUGCUAAAAUACUUCAAUGAUUGCAAGGCUAAGCUUGUUGAGAUUGUGAAAUCUGCUGGUGUUAAUUGUGUGUGUCUAAACUCUGAUAUUUGGUCUGGUAAUGCCAAAGAAGACUACCUCAGUGUUGUUGCUCACUACAUAAAACUCUGAUUGGCAACUAGAGAAGAGAGUGCUUGGUCUUAGGCUGAUUGAUUGUUCACACAAUGGUCAAAAUAUUGCUGAUCGUGUUGCAUCUGUGCUUGAUGACUAUUGUUUGACUGAAAAAGUUUUUGCUGUUACUUUGGACAAUGCAUCAUCUAAUGUUUCAGCCAUGCAAAAGCUUAGACCUGUUCUUUCUAAAUAUCUUGGUAUUGAAGUUGUGGAAGAUGAUAGGGAUGACAAUGCACAUUCAGUUAAUUCUUUGUUCUUGCAUCAGCGUUGUGCAUGCCAUAUUAUCAAUCUGAUUGUUAAGGAGGCUCUAACUGCUCUUAAGCCAUUGAUUGAGAAAUUUAGAGUUGCAAUAUCUUUCUUAAACUCAUCUAAUCAGAGAAUUGUUGCAUAUAAAGUUAUUGCAUUGCCACUGGUGUUAGGCCUAAAAAGUUUCAGCUAGACAUGGAAGUUAAGUGGAAUUCUACAUAUCUAAUGCUUAAGCAUUUGUUUCCUCAUAAGGUCCCAUUCACAACUUUCAUCGUUGCUCAAUAUCCUAGGGUUGAAGGUGAUCAGUUGCUUUUAUCUGAUGAUAAUUGGGCUAUGACAGAAAAAGUGCUAAGAUUUCUUGAACUAUUUUAUGAUGCUACAGUUGCAUUGUCUGGUGUGUACUAUCCUACAUCUCCACUUAUGAUUCAUUAUCUUGUUAAGAUUGCUAUGCACUUAAAGAAUUAUGCUAAUGAUACUCACAUCAGACAUGUGGUUCAACCUAUGAUAGACAAGUAUAACAAAUACUGGAGGGACAUACCUUUGCUUUAUUCUUUUGCAUUCAUCCUGGGCCCUAGAGCUAAAAUGAAAGGUUUCAAUAGAGUGCUCAGGAGGUUGGGUACCCUUACCAGUACAGAUUACAGUGCUUACCAGGUUAGCACUAGAUCUCGACUUACUGAUGUCUACAACAAGUAUGAGGAGAAAUAUGGAGGUGUUCGGUUGAGGAGGACUGUACCUCCUAACCUAUCUAGUAAGAAAAGGUCUGCUUGGGAUGAAAUUUAUGAUGAUGAUGAUGUUGGUUCUGCUGGUGGCAUGCAUACUCUAGCUGCUACUCUAAGCAUGGCUAGAGAUACAUCUGCAACUGCCCUUCUGCAGGCUGCAAGUUCUUCAGGUGGUAAUGUCUCUGAACUUGUUUCUUACUUGGACUGUGACACAGUGAACCAUUUAGAUGAUGGUUUUAACAUCUUAAACUAGUGGCAUCAACACAAACUCACAUAUUCAGUGUUGUCAACCAUGGCUAAGGAUAUAUUAACUAUUUCUGUUUCAAUCAGAUCUUCAGAAUCCACUUUUAGUAUGACUGGCAGGAUCAUCGAGGAGCGGCGGAGGAAGCUAAAGCCUAACAUGGUGGAGAUGCUCACCUGCAUCAAAGACUAGGAGGCUGCAAAAGCAAGGCUGCAACACAUGGUGGAGGACAAGGAACUUGAAGAAGCUUUUGAAGAACUUUAUCUUGAUUAGUUAUCAUUUAUGUAAUGGGACUGUAAUAUUAAGUACUGGACUGUGAUGAACUUUAUAAUUGGAGCUGGGCUGCACUCUUUUUUCCUGUCUAGGGUUUCUCACAAGGGUGAGUUUUACCUAGAUAGGUUUUUAAUGAGGCAGCCAUUGCACUAAAGCUCCCAAUAAAAUGUUAUUUUGUUAUCUC